AGAACCCGGAAGUGGCGAGGGGAAGGUGGCGGCAGGCUGCGCUCCAUGUGUGUGACCAUGCCGGGCCGCCGCCUCCCGCCGGAGGAGCGCGUGCGGAGGCUGAUCCAGGCGGGAAGCAGCGUGGAGGUGAACGAGGACGUCCCCCCGCGCCGCUACUACCGCUCGGGGGUGGAGAUGCUGCGCAUGGCGGCGGUGUACGCGGAGGAGGGCAACGCCGAGUACGCCUUCAUCCUCUACAACAAGUACAUCACGCUCUUCAUUGAGAAGCUGCCGCAGCACCGCGACUACAAAACCGCCGUCAUUCCUGAGAAGAGGGAGACGGUCAAAAAGCUGAAGGAAGUAGCCUUUCCCAGAGCGGAAGAGCUCAAGGAGGAGCUGCUAAAGAGGUACGCCCAGGACUAUGCUAAGUACAAGGAGCAGGAGGAGCAGCUGGAGCAGGAGAAGAGCCGGGUGGCCCUGAUGAAGCAGCAGCAGGCAGAGCAGGAGCAGUUCCACGCCUUCGAGGAGAUGAUCCGGCGGCAGGAGCUGGAGAAGGAACGCCUGAGGAUAGUGCAGGAGUUUGGGAAGCCAGAGCCGGAGUCUCUGGAUGGACCCCUCAUCCCUGGAGUGGAAAAGCCACCCACUGAUUUAACCCCAAAGGUUCCAGUGUCUUCAGUUGACCCAGCAAGUCCCUCAGCGGGGACUGUCCCACCCAGACCUCCCGUUGUGGACAGAUCUUUGAAGCCCAGUGCUCUGGGGAGCACAGAAACCAGUGCAGCAGUGGAUGUCCUUCGCCAGGUCAUUGUCCCCAGGGAGCUGUGCCACAAAUUCCUCCAGCUGGCCGAUGCCAACACGGUGCGGGGUGUGGAGACCUGUGGGAUCCUCUGUGGGAAGCUGAUGAGGAACGAGUUCACCAUCACCCACGUGAUCGUGCCCAAGCAGCACGGGGGCCCCGACUACUGCAACACCGAGAGUGAGGAGGAGCUGUUCCUGAUCCAGGACCAGCACGGCCUCGUCACCCUGGGCUGGAUCCACACCUGCAGCCACGUGUCAGUGGUGGAGAGGGACGUUGUGCUGAUGGAUCUCCGAUAA